AAGAUGCCCAUCAACAUCGACGAUGUGAUGCAACUUUUCUGCCAUCUCUCUCAGCUGAAGGGGAUGAAAGCUGCUGUCAAACACUCUGGUCGAGGAGCACUGCUAGCCGGUGCAUCAGCGUUUAUUGGGGGUCUGAUGGGAGGUCCACCUGGAAUUGCUGUAGGAGGAGCACUUGGUGGAAUUCUUGGUGGCUGGAUGACUGCAGGACAGUUCAGACCAGUCCCUCAAAUUCUAAUGGAACUGCCUCCAUCUGAGCAGCAGAAACUCUAUGAUGAAGCUGUUGUUAUUCUCAGGAACUUAGACUGGACUGAUGUUGCUCAACUGACUGCUCUUGUAAUGGGAAAUGCUAAUCUUCAGCAGAAACUGACAGCAGUGCUGAUAAAUUACUUCUCCAAAGAGCUAAGAGCAGAGAUACAAUAUGGAGAAUAACUCUUCCCAGAGUAGGCCUUUUACAAUGUAAUGAGUUUUAGUCUGACAAUUGUGAUUCUUUCAACAUAGCAAUUGUUAGUUAUCAGUACGAACUAUGAAUAGACAGAUCUAAGUUUUAUUUUGACUUCUGGAUUUGGGGUUUGGGGUUUGUUUCUUUCUUUUUGGUUUUGUAAGGAUAGCAUUAGAUUACUGCAUUGUCCUGGCAGUAACUUGCUAUGUAAUUUUGACUUACUCUGCAUUAGAACUAAAUUUGAAGUCACUGAAAGGAACUAAGCUUCUGUUAUGCUGAUAUGCUACUAGUUCAAUUUUCAAUGUCAGUGUUUUAUUUAGGAGAUUUAGUCCUGUUUGUGUAAGUGUUUGAAACUUCAUCUGUGAAUGACAUACAGGUGCCAAAGUAGCUAGGGCACUUGGAAGAAUUUUACUUACUGUCUGUUUCAAUCCUACAAAGGCAAGUUAUAAGUAAGUAUGUGAACUGUGAACUCAAAGGUCUCGAUCCUGGCUUUAUUCUAUAUCAUGUAUUUAUUAUCAUUGUCAAGUUUUUAUUCCUUUCUGUCAGAAGUGAAACCAAUGCCUAAACAAGUUUUAAGCCACAAUUAAACAUAGUGUACUCAAUUAGUAGUUUCUGGUGUCCUGGAGUGUGAAGGUGCAGUAAGAAUACUCUUAAAAACUUGAAACAAGGGGAGCUGAACUGUCCAUUUUUAUAUUAUCCCCAGCACUUCUUGGUUUUCAAUAAAAUAUUCAGCCUUGUACUGGACAGCCUGCAGCUGGCACAGUGGUGGUGGUGGUGUGACAUGCCAGUUACAGUUAACACUCUGAGCUCUAAAUGAAAUGUUGCUGAAUGUCCCAGUCAAUUGUUCAUGAUUUGCUACAGGGCACUAGUAAGACAAGUUCAUAGGUUGAGAAAUGUGUACGUGUGCCUUUUUUUUAUGUGUAAAAACAAGUGAAACUGUUCUGCUAAUUUCAUUUUCCCCCUAAAAUAAAGAUAUCUCUCUAUGUGC